CUCUAUUUCAACAUUAUUCUUCUUUCUUAACUCUUCAAAAACAAAAAGAAAAAAAAAACAUACUUUCCGUCUCUCUCUCGAUGAGGAGGAACUGCAACUUAGAACUACGGCUUUUCCCUUCUCCUGCCUCCGACCACCGCUCCAUGGAGGAAGAAGAAGCAGGAGGCAGUGAGAGUAGGAGUAGCCCGUUACAAGGACAGCAUACACCGCAAUCACACCCACUCACCAUAUUCUACGAUGGCAAGAUUUCCGUUUGUGACGUCACUCACUCUCAGGCAAGAUCCAUCUUAAUGCUUGCAAGAAAAGAAUUGGAGGAAAGAGUGAGGACACCAACAUCAACUGGGUCUUCAGUGGAGCCAUGUUCACCAGCAUUGCUUCAAUCAUCGUCACAGCAACAACAAUAUUAUAAUAAUAAUUUGCAUAGCCCUGGGAGUAGUCUUUCCAUGAAAAGAUCGCUGCAGAGGUUUCUCCAAAAGAGAAAGAACCGCCUUCAGGAAGCAUCCCCCUACCAUCACUAGCUACAACCAUAACUAUAUAAGCUAAUUAAAUAGAGAUAUUUCAAAAUUUUGGUUGCUUAAUUAAUUAGCUUUGUGCCUUCUAUAUAUAGACAAUCAAUGGUUUGUAAAUUAUGUAGCUUAGCAUUUCUAGAUCAGCCUUUCUUCUCAUGCCAUAUGUUAUUUGGUUUCUUCAUUAAUAAUAUUAUUUUAUUAGCUUCUUUUUUA